GUUCCACCUGAGCUAUUCUGUGAUAUUUGGGUUCAAGACACUGAGUACAUUCAAAAUCCAUGCAUUUCACUAGCUGCCUAUGUGGCGAUGUGCAACAAAUUUAAUAUUUGUAUAGAGUGGAGGAGCUCUGAUUACUGCCCCUUCCCCUGCUCUGAAAACUUCUCCUAUCGGGCUUGUAUAGCUGCCUGUGAGGUUGCAGAGAGUUGUCAGAAUAAUGAGGAUGCUUCUCUGGACUCAGACUCCUGCUCAGUGCUGACAGAAGGCUGCGUCUGUGCUGGAGGGACUAUCCUUCACCGAGCUCACACUGCUCUCUGUAUUCCUGAAGAAAAAUGUGCUUGUACAGACAGCUCAGGAACACCUCAUGCAGUAGGGGAGAUCUGGAAAACUUCUUUGAGUGGAUGCUGUAUGCAAAAAUGUGUUGACAGCGAGACCAUUAUUCCAGUGGAGUACAGCUGUUCAGAUAUCCACAAUUUAGACUGUCAGCGAUUUGCAGAAGUGGCCUUGCUUGUUCCUGGUGAUCAGACGUGUUGUCCUCAGAAGAUCUGUAUUUGCAAUCAUAGCCUCUGUGAGCCCCUAAUCCCUGAGUGUAAUGGCUUGGAAAAGCUGGUCACUUACUACAGUGAAGAAUCCUGUUGUCCCAACUACGUUUGCGAAUGUGAUCCAGCAAAAUGUGAACCACUGGAGCAGAUGCCAAGCUGUCAAGAGGAUCAAACACUAAUUGCUGCUCGAGUGGAGAGUACCUGCUGCAUUUCCUACAUAUGUGCAUGCGGGGCUUGCUCUGACCAAAUACCCAAAUGUCAAGAAGGAGAAGUUCUUAUUGUGGAUGGCAACACUACAGAUAGGUGUUGCCCUACAUACCAGUGUAUUUGUGAAAUACAUCGUUGUCCUGAAUUCAAAUGUAUGUUAGGAAUGUCUUUGGUGGAGCUGUGGAGCCCAGAGAAGUGCUGCCCGUUUCGGACAUGUGAAUGUGAAUGUGACACGAUCCCCAAACCUCAGUGCAAACUGGGGCAGAAACUUCAGAUAGAUGAACAGUUCCAGAACAGUACAGAAAAUAUCUGUAACUGUGUUAAGUACAAAUGUG